AUAAACCCGGUCCGUAUUGUUUUUAGUUUUAGCGGUAGUACGAUUACUCCUACGCGCGUUAUAUCCGGUAGUAGUAGUACUAUUAUUUCUGCCCGUACGGUCUCCGGUUUUGGUAGUAGCGGUAUUGCCCCUAGCAAUCCUAUGGCUUUUAGCACCCCUAGCCGCCCCGUUAUAAACAAAGAUUAG